CGCACCGUAGCAGUGAUGUGGCUCAGUAAGUAAUCUUCCACGUCACUAGGAAGUGUUGGACAGGCAGCUCGCCGAGAGGAGCUCACACUUUACAGAUGUAAAUAUCCAAACCCGGACACUGAAGGCCACUCCGCAGGAUACAGGUCGCGCUCUUAGGUAAUAUCCUGUAAAGAACAUUCACUGGGAUUAUCCCUAGCAAAUACAAGCCCAGCAGCAAGAUGACAGCUGCAGAGAACGUUUGUUACACUCUGAUCAAUGUCGCAUCCGACUCCGAGCCGCCUUCGGAGGUCAGCCUCAAAGCGGAUCUAGAAAAGGGGGAGAUCAAGGCAAAGACUGAAGCCCUGAAGAAGGUCAUCAUCAUGAUCUUGAAUGGUGAGAAGUUGCCAGGGCUUCUGAUGACCAUCAUCCGCUUCGUGCUGCCACUUCAGGACCACACUAUUAAGAAGCUGCUGCUGGUUUUCUGGGAGAUUGUCCCCAAAACAACUCCAGACGGCAAACUGCUUCAGGAGAUGAUCCUGGUCUGUGACGCCUACAGAAAGGACUUGCAGCAUCCCAAUGAGUUUAUUCGCGGCUCCACUCUGCGCUUCCUUUGCAAGCUGAAGGAGUCUGAGCUGCUUGAGCCUCUGAUGCCGGCGAUCCGGGCCUGUCUGGAGCACCGUCACAGCUACGUGCGCCGCAAUGCUGUCCUGGCUAUUUACACCAUUUACAGGAAUUUUGAACAUCUCAUCCCUGAUGCCCCAGAGCUGAUCCAUGAUUUUCUAGUUAAUGAGAAAGAUGCCAGCUGCAAGAGAAACGCUUUCAUGAUGCUGAUUCAUGCAGAUCAGGACAGAGCUCUGGAUUACCUCAGCACAUGUAUUGACCAAGUGCACACUUUUGGUGACAUUCUCCAGCUGGUCAUUGUGGAGCUGAUUUACAAAGUUUGCCAUGCUAACCCCUCUGAGCGUGCCCGGUUCAUCCGCUGCAUCUACAACCUGUUGCAGUCUUCCAGCCCGGCUGUGAAGUAUGAGGCUGCUGGCACUCUUGUAACCCUCUCCAGUGCUCCCACAGCCGUUAAGGCUGCUGCCCAGUGCUACAUUGAUUUGAUUAUCAAGGAGAGCGACAACAAUGUGAAGCUGAUUGUCCUCGACCGCCUGAUUGAACUGAAGGAGCAUCCCACUCACGAGCGUGUACUCCAGGACCUUGUGAUGGACAUCCUGCGUGUUCUCAGCACUCCUGACCUGGAAGUCAGAAAGAAGACAUUGCAGCUGGCACUGGACCUUGUUUCUUCACGCAAUGUAGAAGAGUUGGUGAUUGUUUUGAAGAAAGAAGUGAUCAAGACGAACAACGUGACGGAACAUGAAGACACUGAUAAGUACAGGCAGCUGUUGGUGCGCACUCUUCACUCUUGCAGUGUGCGUUUCCCGGAUAUGGCGGCCAAUGUGAUACCUGUGCUGAUGGAAUUUUUAAGCGACACCAAUGAGGCAGCUGCUGCUGAUGUACUGGAGUUUGUACGGGAGGCAAUUCAGAGAUUUGACAGCUUGAGACCCCUCAUCAUCGAGAAGAUGCUGGAAGUCUUUCACGCCAUCAGAACUGUCAAGAUUUACAGGGGAGCGCUGUGGAUCUUGGGAGAAUACUGCAGCACCAAAGAAGACAUCCAGAGUGUGAUGACAGAAAUACGCAGGUCCUUAGGAGAGAUCCCAAUUGUAGAGAAUGAGAUAAAGAAAGAGACGGGAGAGGUGAAGACAGAGGAUGAAGUGAGUGCAGCUCCAGCCCAGAAGCUGGUGACAGAGAUGGGCACCUAUGUGACACAGAGUGCCCUCAGCUCCUCCAGGCCUUCGAAGAAAGAGGAAGACAGACCGCCACUCAGAGGCUUCCUGAUGGACGGAGACUUCUAUGUGGCAGCUUCCCUGGCCACCACACUAACCAAAGUGGCCUUGCGCUAUGUUAUUAUUGUCCAAGACAAAAAGAAACAUAAUUCAUUUGUUGCAGAGGCCAUGCUGAUCAUGGUCACUGUGCUGCACCUGGGCAAGUCUUCUCUGCCCAAGAAGCCAAUUACCGACGAUGAUGUGGACCGCAUCUCGCUGUGCCUGAAGGUCCUUUCAGAGUGCUCACCACUUAUGAAUGACAUUUUCAACAAGGAGUGCCGCAAAUCCCUGUCACACAUGCUGACUGUCAGACUGGAGGAAGAGAAGCUGUCACAGAAGAAGGAGUCUGAGAAACGUAAUGUCACAGUGCAGGCAGACGACCCCAUCUCCUUCAUGCAGCUCACCGCCAAAAACGAGAUGACUUCUAAGGAGGACCAGUUCCAACUGAGUCUGCUGGCUGCCAUGGGCAACACUCAGAGGAAGGAGGCUGCUGAUCCCCUGGCUUCAAAACUUAACAAGGUGACUCAGUUGACGGGCUUCUCAGACCCAGUGUAUGCUGAAGCCUAUGUGCACGUCAACCAGUAUGACAUUGUGUUGGACGUGCUGGUGGUCAACCAAACCAGCGACACUCUCCAGAAUUGCACCCUUGAGUUGGCAACUUUAGGUGAUCUCAAGUUGGUUGAGAAACCCUCACCUCUAACUCUGGCUCCCCAUGAUUUUGCGAACAUCAAGGCCAAUGUCAAAGUGGCUUCUACUGAGAACGGAAUUAUAUUCGGCAACAUUGUCUAUGAUGUGUCGGGAGCUGCUAGCGACAGAAACUGCGUCGUCCUUAGUGACAUCCACAUUGACAUCAUGGACUACAUCCAGCCUGCCUCCUGCACUGAUGCAGAGUUCAGACAGAUGUGGGCAGAGUUUGAAUGGGAAAACAAGGUGACAGUGAACACCAAUAUUACUGAUCUGAAUGAAUACCUGCAGCAUAUCCUCAGAUCCACCAACAUGAAGUGUCUGACUCCUGAGAAGGCGCUUUCUGGCUUCUGUGGCUUCAUGGCUGCCAACCUUUAUGCUCGUUCUAUCUUUGGAGAAGAUGCGCUGGCUAAUGUCAGCAUCGAGAAGCCAAUCCACCUGGGGCCUGAUGCACCUGUCAACGGACACAUACGCAUUAGAGCCAAAAGCCAGGGGAUGGCCUUGAGCCUCGGAGACAAGAUCAACCUCUCCCAAAAAAAGACCAACGUCUGAGACGACUCUGAUCCAGCUGAUCCCUCUGACUUUGUAAAAGUCACCCUCUGUUCUCUUGUAUCGCUUGUUUUACAGCCUCUUCAUCACAGAAAAUUCAGAACUCUAUAUGAUCACUUGCUUCCGUGCUGUCAUUAUUUUUUUUACAUCACCUCCGUCUAAAAACAUCUCGGUAAUGUCCCUGUCCUGUCUGUUUUCAAUAAACAUAUAUAUUAAAAUUA